AUGUCUUCCCUCGGGCUGGCCUUCCCAUAUACUCAUCCCAACCAGGAAGCCCGCAAUAUCAGUAUUAUUCAGGGCAACAACAUUGCCUUCAUCAAACCCUACCCUGGAGGAUCAGGCUAUGUGACUAACGUGACCUUUUCCAGUUCCCGGUCCCUUGCGAGUUUCUACGGGUUGAAUAUCGAUCAAUACUGGCAGAAUAAGUUCGAGCCUGAUACUGGGUCUGUCACCCUGAGUAACCUGGUCUUCCGGAAUUCCUCAGGAUCUGUUGCCAAUGGUGUACAGCGGCCUCCAUUGCAUUUUGCUGCGAAUGAUCUAACCUUCGCGACAAACAUCACCGUUGAGGACUUCUCCGUCUGGACAGAAUCAGGAACAUCUACCGUAAACAAGAUCAGCAAUGUCUUCGGCACAGGUGACGAUAGUUAUGGACCAAAUGAUGGUAUUGUCUCUUUGGCUCCCAACGAGUCACCUCACGCAUAUACAAGCACGUAUUCGAUAACAGCGUCUCCGACUAAUUGGCAAGUUCCGACUAUACCGGCAUGGGCAGCGCCCAGUACGGGUUAUGAUACUUCUUCUCCAAUACCAGUAUAUACUCCUGCUCCGCUGUGGCGUCCGGGCAGAGUGGACUACAAUUUGCAUUAUUGGGGAAGCUUCUAA